GGGAGUCGGAGCAGCAGCUCAGCAGCAUAGCGCCCAAUGUCGGCUACUUGGGAGCGAGCGACAUAGCAGUCUGAAGAAAGCGCUCCAUCAGUGAAGACGCAAAAUUGUACGACGUGGUGUGUUUCGAAAGUCGUUUCAAGCGAUAGGGUACCCCCACCCCAGGCACCACAUUACUCUCUUGUGUGCAGUGUAGACACACAAGUUGAAAAGCUAUUAAUCUGAAAACGGAGGCGAGGAGAGUUGCGAGAGAGUAAAAACUGAAUAAUACUCAUUCGAGGGUGAAAAAACUAUAUCUGAGUUAUUGAUAAUAUUUUGACAAAUCCGAAAAAUAAGAUCCGUGUGUGGAGUAGUGAUAUGGACAAUGGACUCUAGAAGAUGUGCUUUUGCUGAAUCUUCGUGCUGACACUUCUCCAAGAAGUUUAACUGUUGUUUGUCAACGAGUGUUUUUUAUUCCACUCUCCACACUCCAUGUUCUUGAUUUUUUCUUCAUGUUGUAAUCUAACACAACAAAUUGGGCUCCACACAUACGUUUAAUUUUUUUAACGUAACCUACAUUCUUCUGCGUAAAGUGCAAGAGACAAAAAAAUAUAUAAAGUAGAGGAAAAAGAAAAGGCUAGCGGCAAGGCCGAACAGUACUUCUUUGAGUGUGAAUUUUAAGUGAUUGGUGUGACUUAUUGAGCCAAUUUUUCUGUCGUGGACUUCAGCAAUCAUCCACGGGACAGGCAGUGUAAUAUCAAAUAAGUGAAUAGAGCAAUUCACCAUCUGAUGCUCUCUAUCAGUGUGUUAUUUAGACUUGAGGAUUUUUAAAAAUAGCAGAUAGUGCAUGUGAAGUCUAUUGGCUGUAUGGUAUACCUUAAGCGAAGGAGCUAUAUAUGCUGCGGUUGGACUAUUUUUAGGAUACCAAAAUAUACACAUCACACAUUUUAAUGCUGCCGCUUUUCACUCUCAAGUGUGUUGUGUUUUCCCUAUUAUAUUAUAUGGAUUUUUUGGAUACACAGCGACACAUUUGAUCAAAUUGUGUCAAUUGCGGUCACACCACAAUUAACAAGUCUGCGCCAGCAAGAAGCAACAGCCAACAAAGAGAUUGAGAGACUAGGACACAACAAAAGCCUCCUGAUCAAAAGUGUGUUGUGCUGGCGAAUUGGCACAAAAGGAGCAAUUGUGAAUAAAGUUGAAAUUGGUGGAAGAGUGAGCGAGAAGUGAGCUAUUGUCACGCACAAUUUAUAUUCAAUUACUAUCGGAAAUAAGUGAGCGAUAAACUUUCAAGGUAUCCGCAUUUAAUAUUUACCGUGGAUACUCGGCGGUGUACUUGAUACAGACGUUUGGAAGGCAUAUAUGUAGACGGAGAAAAAAAAACACAACAAUAGAAACGAAACAGUGUUGAGCAAAUAGUGAAAGGACUGAAUACAGAGGCGCGUACUGAUGAGAAUUUUUGGCAAGGUGAAAAAUUAGGCGGAGGAACCUAAAGGGGAGAGAGAACCAAGUGCAUCGAUCUCUCAUACUAUCAGGCUCAGGCAGUUCAACAGCUGAUAGAGGUGAACACUGUUCUCUCGCUAGUUUAAAUGCCCUCAGGUUUAAGUAUAGCCUGAGUGGUGUGCGUGAGACCGCCAGCUAGAAAGUCCCUCGUUAACAGUCGACCAUCAACACACUCGCGAAUCGAGCUGUCGAUGGAGCAUAGAGGAGAGCAGCCGUGAAGUGUGAAUGCUGCAUAAAAUUACGCUUCAUUUUGAGCGUAAGUGAAUCCGCGGCUGAUUCGGAUCUCAGGCAAAGGGCACCCGAAGACCUACUACCCCGACUUGAGAGGGAGUGACGGGUAGACGAAUUUUGUGAUACUACCCCAAGUUGAACAAGGGACGCUCCUGACAUAAAAAGAGCAGAAAUCCAAGGGAUUUUCUCAAUCAUACCCUGACGAAGUGAAACAUAUUUUCACACAUACAGGAGUAAGAGGAGGGAAAAAGUAAUUUCUUAUUAAAUAAUAAAUAUUGUACCACCAUAUACAAACGAACCGUAGAAACCCAUAAACGCUUAAGAGGGAAAACCAUAUCUCAACAGUAUAUAGUUACUAUAUUAUCACAUCUACAACAAUAUAAAUAACACUGUGAAAAAAGAGCGCGAGGAGGGCCACAACGCUAAAGCGGUAGAAGGCGAGCAAAAAAUCAAAUACAGAGCCAACAAGCAAGUGAAGGAGAAAUCAUCUGCACACAUUGGCAAACAUGACUCUCCCCACCACCACGCUAAAUGCUUCCGAUGACGAUUCGGAUAUGUUCGGACCGCCGCGUUCAUCACCUUUACGCCACAAUAGGCCACGGGUGCCGAUGAUUUCGGCAAAAUUGCGCCUGAGAGAGGAGAGGAAAAGGAUAUUACAAUUGUGUGCACAUAAACUGGAAAAGAUUAAGGACUCUGAGGCAAAUCUGAGACGGAGUGUCUGCAUCAAUAACACAUAUUCACGGCUAACGGAUGAAGUGAGGAGGGAGAAGCAGAGCAGAUAUUUAGCAAAUUUACCAAAAUCUGAGACGUCCAAGAUGGACAGUGUUUCACAAAUCAGCAGCUCAUCAGGCAACAAUUGUGAUGUUCCCGCCACAACAGUGAAGCCCAAGCGUGUAUCCUCUGCGACGGACGCGGAUCUUGAGACGCUGGAUCGUGAAAUCAACGCCUUAGACGCAGCGAUGCCACUCGUGGACCCUGAAAUUACGCAGGGCGCUGAGCAGCUGGAGAAGGCAUUGGUGUCACGAAAGAGGACGCGUAUGGAAGAGGACAAUGACCGGCUGGUGCGUGAAGCUUUGUCUCAAUUCUACCUACCUAGCCCGCGUCUUCUGUCUGGCAUCGAUGACUGUCCGCUGGUGGCGGAGAAACGGCCCAAGACGGACAUUGAGUUGGACCAGAAUCAGCGCGAGUUUGAGGUGAUUAUGGAGACUCUGCGACUGGGUGACUCCUGUGGCCAGGCCGCCAUGAUGAGUGACAACGGUGUAUUCCACAACCUGGUCGUGGCGUCGCUGGAGACGUGAAACAGGCCCCCUUACGGUGAUUUUCAGUAUAUUAACUAACAAUCACCGCUUUGGCAUGAUGUCCAAAAGAGGUUUGCGAUGUAAAUUCUUUCCAAAAUUCACCCACAAUUCGAGAAAAAAAAAAUUACAAAUGCGCCUUAACAGAUUGGGAUCGGGAGGGUGGAAUACGAUCCAUUACGAUUAGCAUUGCCAAUUCAGCAAUCCAACAGCGAAAUGUUACCGUGCAAUCUCAAUGCGUCGCCAAUACUUUUGCUACUUUAUCCCUUCCUCGGCAUCCACUGGUGUAUUUCAUUUCUUCUUCCAACUCUACUCAAUUGUGCAUUGUUGCAAAACAUUCACUCCAACCAUUUCGAGAAACACUCACAUUAUAAGGCGUAUAUUUCACUUUUUAUACAUACUGCCUUUUUUGUCUUUGACAACGUCCAAACUCUCCAAAAUUGUACACCUCUUCGGCCCGAUUUUCAACACGCAAGAGUUGAAGAGAUUUACAGGUGAAAAAUUGUCGACGUGCCAUAGUGAAAAGUUGGUCUUAAUAACUCGCCAUGACACAGAAAAAUAUGUCACAAAACUCCUCAAUGAAAUAUUAGCAAUUAAUGUUGGUGCGAAAGUCAAUUUUUCCCGCCGAAAAAAGCUCAAGGUGCACUAUCAAAAAAUUAUAUUGCACUUUGAUAACAAUCGAAUGCCACACUGUGCCCUAUUUAUGGGCCACAAACUAAAUGGAGUGUUGAAUAAGAGUGGUUGGAGGAACACCCUCCAGAGUGGGAAGAAUGAAUAACGCCAAGAGAAGCCCGAGAAUAUUACUGUACGAAAACACAACACAUUAUUGAGCUGUGAUAUUAUUUAAUAAGGAAUUAUAUAAAGUUGUGUAAAACGUAAUGUGACUGGAUAAAUUACUGCUAACCGGAAGAAUAGACGAAUUUCUAUCCACUUUUUGUUACUUUUUCGGCAUAAUUGUUAUGCUGAACGUUAUGCAAAUGACAUUGACAGAUAAUUAGUGUCAAAAGUGGUCACUCGGCUGAACUCGUGACUGCUCGGCAUCAGUGAAAAUGUCAUAAUUCAAAUGAAAACGCUACAUUGAAACGCCGUUGAAAUCUGUUUAUGCUCAGUGCAUAAGCUCUAAAAUACCAUAAUUUGAGAUAGCUUAAUUAAAUUGAAGCAGAAGACGUUCUAUUGACAGAAUUGCCCUGUAAAUUUAUGACAUAUUCCAAAUUUGAGAGCGAAAAUGAAGGAAAGAAAGAUGCAAAAAUGCACAGCGGACAGUGAAACAGUUUAUUAGCAACUGAAAACUAAUUGCAGUCUAUAUACACAGCAAAAUCCACACAAUAUUAUUUAUUAGGUGCAAUGAUGGUAGGAAUAAAAAAAGAGAGUACAUAAAUCAGAGAAAUCAAGGCGGGUUAGUUUAUUAGCACAAGAGAGGGCAUGGAAGAAGCGAAAAAACGGAACAGACUACCAAAAGACACUUCGUGGCUGUGAAAAAGAGAAAAGAGAGACACAGCGAAGAAGAGGAUGAUAAAACUUUCACGCAUCAAUUCUUCGAGUGUGUUGUGGUCUGCGUGUAUUGGUAGAAUUGUAACAAGAGUUGACACCUGUUGCCCUGCUCAUAUCUAAUUAAAAUACUAACUAAUUAGAAUCCCCGAAAAGAGUCCAUCGAGGGGGGAAAUGCAAAUGGACAACGUGAACAAUAUCCAACCGCUUUUGCAAUUCAAUUGACGUCCUCAAUGCGACAUCGCGCGCGCCAAAAAUCCCGCGCUUUUCCCUUGAAACCUCUUCCGCCCCUCUUGCCAACAAAAUGAAAGAGAAAAGCAUAAACAUUUUGCUAGCGGGGAGACGAAAAAUCAUUCGUACGUAUUGUUGAAUUCUCCCUCCUCUCAUGGAAAUUUUUCACGCGUAAAAUCAAUGUGAAAAUCGUUGAUGAAGCAAACAGAGCCGCGGUUAGGAAUUGGCACGAAUGAGAGAAAGAAGCCACUGAGGAAUGACAGAAAUAAUGGAGCGGACUGCAUAAUGUUUUUUUUUAAUGUAGGAGCUUUUGAGUUUACUUUUCCGUUCAUCAUGAUCUUUUUUUGGGGUACAACAUGAGUAAAUAAAAAUAGAAAAUGCAUUUGAAAAUAUACUUCUAUUUUAAAUAAUAAAAGGGUCAGUAUUUACUUUAUUAGGAAAUAAUUUAAAAAAAAAAAUGGUAUUGUGCAUCGAAAAUGAAGUUAGUUAAUUUAAAAUGCAUGACAAACAAUUUUACAAUUCUUCUUUUUUUCAAACAAUAUCUCAAAUCACGAUUUCUGUCUCUGCUGCCCUUAGAUUCCGUGCAACACUGUAGAAAAAGUCUAUUUUUCCGCUCUUCUGCGAAUUUUUUUUUGGAAAAUUGUUCAUUGAUUGUGUCGCAUUUUUUCAUAAUUCCAGAAAAUAUAUACAUAUGUAUGUAUGUUCUGAUAUUUUACCGAUGAUAAUGUAAACCACUCUCCCGUAUCUCAUCCCUUUGGCGCAUUCUCUUCAAUGUUCUGAGUAAAAAUAAAAUAGGAAUUAUUUCAUGUGAGGCACGUGCUGUAAAAUUCACACACGAGUCAUAUUUAGUGCGAAGUGGGAAAAAGCAUUCUGAGCACUGUGAGCAAGUUUAUUACUUUGUCUUUUUAAAGGCGACACCAUGAUGAGGUGAAUUUUAGGCAAGUGUAAAGCAAAGCAAAAUGUGUAAAUAGAUAAAUCUCGCAAAUUGUAUUUAGGACCAAAUAAAGAACGUAAAUUAUUUAUGCCAGAAUAACUAACGUAACAAAAUCUAAGAUUAUUGUUAAAUAAGAAACACAUGAAACAUGAUGAAAAACUCCAAAAGUGCUUGAAUUAGUGAUUAAUUUGAUGGUAAAGUGAGAGAGUGAAAGUGAGAAAAAUCACUAACAUUUUGUGGGCCACAGAAAUUUUGUUGAGACUUCUCACACUGAAAACAUUUACAAAAAAAAAUAAUAAGAUUUCCAUGUAUAUUUUCUUAUGUUCAGGAAUUAAUCAGAAAGAUCUCACAUUGAUAUCAAAUUUCUGGUGUUUUUUGAUGAUUUAUUUUGUAAUAUUGUGUAAAGAAAACCUAUGACAAAAAUUGUUAUAAAAUGGCACACAAAAUUUCAAAGAUUAGAAAUCUUGUAGCGAAAAAAAAACAUGAAAAACAAGUCAGUUCCAAAAAGUAGAAUGCCAAUAAAUAUGAUUAAUUAUCAAUUAAUAAUAAAUAAAUGUGUUUAUUCUUAUAAAUAGAUGUGAAAAGUAGGAAAAAUGCGCGAGGAUAUGAGAAAAGUCCUCUUGAGCGUUUUAAAUGAUGAGAGAAAAAACUUAAAGAUUUAUUAUACAAUUAAUUAUAAAUUAUUAUAAAUUAAAAUAUACAUGAGAAAAAAUGAUAGAAGAAACACUAUAAAUAGAAAUAUUAAUUAAUUUAGUCAAUUAAGGGCAUCUUGUACGUUAUUUGACUUUUUAUUUCCAAUUUUUUAUGUAUAUUUUUCCGUUUCACAGUUUUAUUUGUUACAAUAAAUUCAUGUAUAGCGUAGAGAAAUGACCAAAAUAUAAAUUGAAAUUUUUGUUUAGACUCCUUUUUUUUAGUUUUUUUUUGUAUUUGUAUCUAAACUUGUGGUUACCGACGUUUUUUAUACUACAAAAAUAUAAUUACUUUUUAGAAAAGAAUAAUAAAAUAAUAACCCGAAUAGGUUUUAUAAUAUUUUUGCAUUUUUGUUUUCCGCUAUUUUUUAUUUGACACUAUAUUUUUUUUGUCAGUACUUUUCUGUUCAGCUCUGUCUUUAGCUCCUCGACCCAUGAAAAAUAUAGAGAGAAAAAAUAUGCACUGAAGGGCAUCGAGGGGGGCAAAGAAGGUGGAGAAAAUGUGAAAAUUUUCAGCAAAGAAGAUGAGAUGAUGAUGAACAAGCGACAGUAUUUAGAUGAGAAAUAUAACUGUAGCCAGAGAAGUAAAUGAUAAUUGACACUAUAAAGCUACUAUUGAUGAAAUACAUAUACUACACAUAAAAUAUAUGUAUGUAUUAUAUGGAUAAAUUCAAUAUUAAACUCAAUGGGUAUCAUUUAAUGUUGUGUAGUAGAGUUCCAUCUCCCACAAUAAAUGUACCUGGAAAA